CUCGUCCUUGCCAGUAACCCUCUAAAACCCUAACAAUUGAAAUCGACAGACCUAUCUCAAGGCUUCAUCGCAGAAGAUUAAUUGUGUUGUGAAGACUGCGAAAUUUGGGCUUGGGAGAGCAAAAAAUGGCAUUGACGAAUUUCAUACUGACAGUGGCAGGCGUGAGCGCGCUGAUUUUACUGAUGAGGAGCGACGUCAAACAAACGGCGACCAUCUUCAGGCGCAACGCUCGUCAGAUUCGCCAUUGGCUCGAAGAAGAGUCCGCCUCUGCAGCCAAGGAGAUGGAGAAGGCAAAACCCAAGGAGCUACCUGGGAAAGAUAUUCCUAAGGAGGACAAGCAUUAGAUGUGCUUGAGCUUCAAGUAAAGUAAUUGUGUUUUGGGUUGGACAUUUUGUCCCGCAAAUUUUUUUGACUGAUUGCACUUUAUUUCUGCUCUCAAGUAAUUGUCUUUUCUUUUUAGUAGCACUUUGUAUACUUUUAUUAAUGCUGCUGUGUGAUACCCCAAG